ACCCAAACUUGCCACCAGUGGCAACUUUUUGAGCCAGUCUACCAACAGUCAACAUAGUGGUUGAGCUGCUCAACUUGAGCAGUGUUCACCGGAAACAAGUGUCUGAGAUAGCAUUUAUUUACGUAUUUACUACUAGUUUAUUUCCGCGAUGAGUUUGUGAAGGAGUGGCACCGCAGUCGUCGUCGUUGACUGUCUCUCGGUGUAACUGAACUUUUAUCGCUAGUGUGUCGACUGAACAGUAGACUCGCUGUAGCCUAUCUGUCGUGUAGUCACCAUUUUUCCUGUGAAGUGGCUUAUGACAUCGGAAAUAAUUGUGUAAAUAGUGAAAAUAAAAGACAUUUUCUCCAAAAUGACGGACCAACAGAUGGAUUGUGCUUUGGAUUUAAUGCGGCGCUUGCCUCCUCAACAAAUAGAAAAAAAUUUAAGCGACCUAAUUGAUUUAGUUCCAAGUCUUUGUGAAGAUCUUCUAUCGUCAGUGGACCAACCAUUAAAAAUUGCUCGAGAUAAGGAAAUGGGUAAAGACUACCUCUUGUGUGAUUAUAACAGAGAUGGAGACUCGUACAGGUCUCCUUGGAGCAACACAUACGAUCCACCAUUGGAAGAUGGGUCAAUGCCAUCGGAACGUUUGAGAAAGCUUGAAGUAGAUGCUAAUCAUGCCUUUGAUCAAUAUAGAGAAAUGUAUUUUGAAGGUGUAAUUUUGAUCAAAAAAGCCGGAGACGGCUCCAAGAAGAUCAAGGGGUGUUGGGACAGCAUCCACGUGGUGGAGGUGCAGGAGAAGACGAGCGGACGGUCAGCCCACUACAAGCUCACAUCCACUGCUAUGCUCUGGCUGCAGACCAACAAGACUGGCUCUGGGACUAUGAACUUGGGAGGAAGCCUCACGAGACAGGUUGAGCAGGAUGCGCCCGUGGGGGAAGCCUCACCGCACAUUGCUAACAUAGGGCGCAUGGUGGAGGACAUGGAGAACAAAAUCCGAAACACCCUCAACGAGAUCUACUUUGGCAAGACCAAGGACAUCGUCAACGGCCUGCGCAGCGUCCAGCCUCUUGCAGAGCAGAAGCAGCAAGUAGCCCUGCGCCAGGACCUGGCCGACGCUCUGCGCCGGAGGCAGGCCAAAGGGGAUAACUGAACAGUGCGAUGGUUGGUUGCUGUUCACAUCACUCGCUCGCACGCGUACGUCUGCCACGCGCAGAGAGUGCGAGACGCCUGCUGCCCGGUUUCUCCUCCUCCCACUCCUUGCUCCUUCUUGUAUCCCGUUCUGGCUGAGGGCAUGCGUAGGGCUUGUAUGUUUUAAAUUGUAACUUUUAAUACAUGUUGCACCAGUGCAUGCAAGAUUUGGAAAUUUUUGACACGCCCUUUAUUAGGAUCUUGAAUUGUUUUGUUCCUUUUAAAAACGACAAGUUUGUGGAGAUAGAGAAUUUAGUAUGCUUUGUUUCCGAGUGGUAUGCCUAGUUCAAUGUGUAUUGGGAGUUACUUAAAUGCAGCAUUUAACUUUUGUGUUUGUAGGUUGUUUUUCCCCCAUUACUUUGUUCUUUGAAACAAAACAAAAAUGUAUCUACUGCAUGUACUCAAAUUCUUGAUUGUUAAUUUGGAAGAAAGCAACGAGCCAAUUUUGAUUAAAGGCCUGAGCGAGUCUUCCACAAAGAACUACCAGUUUCUACAAUUCUUUUACGUGACACAACUUUUUGAAUAAACCAUUUUCUGAGAAGUUAUUAGAAUAAAAGUAAGAAAACAGCCCUUUUUAAACAGCCAUGAUACUAGAGGAGUGACGAUUUCUUCUUCUUCUUACUUUUUUGUUUCUGUCUAAAAUUUACUGACCUCUCUUGAGAGUAGUUUAAAGUAUUAUUGGAGAGGUAUAAUAUUUUGCAUAGUUGAGAUACGAGUUUUUAUCAAUUGCUUUUUUUAAAGACUUUAAUAUCUGGAAAUCAGUGUAUGGCUGUUUUUAACUAUGUGUUUCUUUUGCUGAAUAAUAGCUUGUAAUGACGUUGUACAUUUACAAAGACAUUGGCUUCUAGAGGAUGGUCCCUUUUGUAAGAUAUGCUCAAAUGUAGUCAUCUACUGUUUAGCUGGAACAAUACUGUCCUAUGCAUUUGCAGACCAUCCUUAAGCAGCCAGCUUUGUAUAACAGCCUUGCAAAUCGGCUCUACCAGUGUUCUAUCAAUCUGUUAUGGUUUACACUGUAAAGCAUAGUGUUUGUUGGUGGUACAAAACGAUGUAAUGUAAACAAUGAAAGGAAACUUAUCAAAUGUUGCUGAACUGUUUUGUAAUUAAGCUACCCCUGUAGAAUUUAAAGCAUAAGUUGCUUAUAUAAUUCAUUUCUCCAUAUUUGGGAAGCACCUCUGCAUUCCAUGUUUGGAUACGGAUUCCUGCCUCUUGUGGCAAGGGAAAGCAAGGAGUGCUGCAUUUCUCUGUUUCAGAGUUCAUGUACUAGGUUGAAAAUAUUUCUGCAAUGUAUUAUAUCAUCUAGUAAACGUAACCUGUUAUGCUGUGAACUACAAGUUUUUCCUCUAUCAAAAUAAUUCCUAUUAAUGUGCUAUUCUCUUUUAAGUAAGGGACAUUAAUGUUUUUAUGAAGUUGGUUCGACUGUUCUUAGACUAUUUUUGCAUAAAUAUGCUUGAUGUACAUUGAUUCUUUAGAAUCUGGGAGAAGUGCAGCAUUAAGAAUUUCGUGAUGUUAUAGAAUGUACAGGAUAUUUUACAGAAUUUCUUUUGUAUUUGCACCAUGUUUUCUAAGAUUAAUUACAAAUAUAAAUUAUAAUCAAAUUGUACUCAAUGUUGAGUUUAUUUAUUUUUACCCUAAUAAUGUGGGUUGUUUGAUUGCAACCCAAUAUCUCUAUUGUGUAUGUUAAGGUUGGUAACGGUCAGAAAUAAAAGCCAAACUAACAAGUAAUGUCGUGUGUAUAUAUAUACAUAUACUUAACAUGUUUAAGCAUCAUGGUUUACUAUGAUACUGUUUUAAAUGAGUUGUGAGAGACAAUGUUAGUUUGGUAUGUGGUAUGAAGUGACAUUGAGUAACUUGUAUCCCGAGAAUGUGUGCACGUUAUGGAAGUUAAAUUUAUCGUAACAUGGGCUGGUCAUGUUGAUAAAAGUGUGGAGGCAUCAAAAAAUAUAAAGUGUUAGCUUAUUUUAAUUCUCAAGUUCUGAGUAGAAGCGUGUAAAUAGCAACGGUCGAGUUUGACUUGCAGUGACUUGUGGUUCUCCAGCUGUACGAUUGAAACCAAGAGGCAAGUUGUCACUCAAAUAGGGAAGGGUUUGCACUUGUUGAAUGCAGUACGAUAGAAAUCUCCAAAGGUGGGAUUGUUUUGGACCUCUUGGCCUGAAUUGUUGAGUCUGGUUAAGUUUUAAGAGAUGAUGUAGGCUACAGAUUAAAUUAUUUUUCUUUACUUAUGCUGUAGUUUUUAUUAAUCAUUAACCAACUUGAGAAAUUAUUUAAGGUUUGGGUUUGUGGUAUGUGUAUGACUGGAAAAUUAUUAACUUUAUUUUCAUGUAUUUAUCAAGAGAGGUAAUUCCAGUACAGUAAUUGUGAUUGUUGUUUCUAACGUGUUCAAUUCUUAAGAAAUGUGAAUAUGAUUAAAAGGAUUUGUCAUUCCAAAAAGCUAAGUAGAACGGUCUUACAGUUUCUACUUGUUAAUAAACCUGGCACUCUACUGUAUCAUUUUUUGACUGGCUGGAGAGUACGUUCAAACAAAAGCAUUUAAAUUAUCUGCCAUGAUCCAGACUCUAUAGUAUUAAUUGUUAGGCCAAGAGGUUAAGAAGUGAUCAAAAUCAUGUUUGUGUUUUCUGUUGUGGUUGUAAAUAUUUCCUGUGUGCUUUGGGUAUGUUGUGUUUAGCUGUCCCCUGUACUGAGGACUAUUUAUUUGGUUUUGGAAAUGGAAAACUAAUAAGAUAAUGGCUUAGGGGUGAUGCAAACUAACUGAUAUGCCUGGAUUGAAGGAAGAAACUGUACAGUUUUAUUUUGUGCAUUCUAGUGUGUUAUUCUUCCAUGAAUAUGUAUGUUAUACUUCCACAUGGAUUAUUAUUGUAAGGAUUACCAAAAAUAAACAAAAAAAAUUAUAAUAUUUCGAUAAGCAUUAUGUUUAAAAACUGGCAAGUUUGACUUGGAAACCCCCAUGUAUCAUAGCUACAUUGUACAUUUUUCUAAUUAUGCAAAUACAACUUUUUUACUCACAUUGUAAUGAUAAUCCUUACAGUUGUAUGAACAAGAUAUGUUGAUUGUAAUAACAAAUGCAAGUACACAGGAAGUGUGCUUCAGGCAUUUAAGCCUUGAGGUGCUUGUUAGUGCAAUGUAGCAACAAUGCAGUUGGAGAACGAAUAACAGUAUUUUGUUAAUAAAUAUGCAGAUAUAAAAAUCUAUUGCCUAAAAAAUUUAUGUUGCAUUUUUGUAUUAAUUCUGUAAUGUGUGUCAUCUGUUGUGCAGUGCACUUCUGAUGCAGAGGAGAGUACCAUAUCUAUUAAGAGAGUCCUUGAGAAGUAUGGUUGGAAGGCAGCCUAUGCCUUCAGAUUAUGGGC